AUGUCAAGCCAGGCACCAAAAGAUAUGGCUGAGGAACGCGCUGCAGCUGAUUUUAACAUUGAAGCACUCGCUCACUUAUGGCAUGGAGGUCAGAAGGAAUACGAAUUACUCCAAAAAGCGUAUGAGGAGAUCAAAACAGAUCCCGAACUUGUAGUCCAGUCCCCUCGUAACUUCUUGGAGUUAUCACGAGACGAAAUGCGUGAAUUCACGAUGGGUCAGAUCUUCCGCGUUAUCCAAAUUUUCAAGGAUCCAGUCAAAGGCGCUGACAAGGAACUAGUCUAUGAAAUGGCUCGUGCCGUCAACAUGUAUUCUGAAAGCUUUUCCAUGCGAUUCUUUGUUCACGAUUCACUGUUCCGCAAUGUCGUUAACAUGCUCGGCAACAAGGAACAGCAAGCUUACUGGAACCCAGAGAUCGAGAACUUCCGAAUUUUGGGAUGCUUUGCCAUGACCGAACUUGGUCACAGCUCUGCUUUGCGCGACAUUGAAACGACUGCUACUUAUGAUAUCGAAACCGAUGAAUUUGUGAUUGAGUCACCCACAAUUACUUCUACCAAAUGGUGGAUUGGUAUGGCUGCCCAAACUGCCACCCAUACGGUGUGCAUUGCUCAAACCGUCAUCAACGGAAAGAAAGUCGGUCUCAACUGGUUCGUCGUACAGCUUCGCGAUAAACUCACAGGUGAACUGAUGCCUUCCAUUAUGGCUGGUGAUAUUGGCCAUAAAGUGGGACACGCUGGUGUCGACAAUGGUUGGAUCCAGUUCCGCGGGGUUCGUGUACCGCGAAGUCACUUGCUUUCAAAGUGGGUCGAUCUCGAUCGCCAAGGCAACUACACGCCUGCUCCGAAUCCUGCUGUUAUGUAUGCUACCCUCAUUCCUGAACGCCUAUCGCUCGUCACCGUGACUACGCAGAUGAUCUCGCAAGCCCUUACAAUCGCUACACGUUACGGUGUGGUCCGUCGACAAGGUCCCAAGAAUCAGCAAAUCAUGGAUUAUCAGUCUCACUACGUCAAACUGUUACCUGCUAUUGCUUUCAUGUACAUGGUAAAAUCCGCGUCCGGUACGCUUGAUGACCAUUUCAAGAUUCUCACAGCAGGCGGAGAAAUGGAUCCUAUUGUUUACUUGAAUCACAUGGGCGACAUGCACGCUAUUUCCGCUUGUCUCAAAGGCUUCGCAGGUUGGUACUCCUCUGAAAUCCUCGAAACCUGUCGCCGUGCUUGCGGUGGUCAUGCUUACUCGGCUUACAAUGGUAUUGGCCACAUUAUCGGUGACUGGGGUGUCAUGACGACCGGUGGCGGCGACAAUGUGGUGCUUCUUCAACAAACAGCUCGCUUCCUUUUGUAUCGACUCAACCAGAGGCUCGAAUUUAACGAAUACCCUGAUCUCAAAUUCAAGAGUUCCACCCAUUAUAUCAGAGACGCCAAACAGUAUCUUGCCUCCUCACAAUGGCACGUAAGAGAUGUUUCCGCUUGUCUUCAAAAUUUCGGUUUGAUGGAAGAAGCUAUGCACGCAAUUCUUGUCAAGCGUCUCAACAGUAUCCAACAAGGCCUCAAGAGUGGAUUGUCAACAAAUGAUCUGCUCCUGGAAUCCGUUCGUGUGGCCGAGAUGCACUGCGCUGUUUAUAUGUUUACCGUCAGUGCCGAGAAAUACAGUCAAGCAGCCACAGCUACUACCUCUGACAAGAGUGUCCUCUCGAUUAUGCAUCGUCUCACCACUCUUUGGGGUCUCCAUGUCUUGCAUACUUUUGGCGAUCAAGGCUUCAAAGAAGGUUAUCUCUCACCACAGCAGAUAAAAGAUAUUGAAAAGAUCUAUAUGGAAUACAACAAAGGAUUACGCAAGCAAGUCAUUGGUCUCACCGAUGCUUGGGGUUUCCCAGAUUUUGUUAUCAAGGCGCCAAUUGCCAAGUAUGAUGGCGAUAUCUACGAAACCUACUUUGAUACCCUCCUGCAAGCACCUAAUAGUACCGGUGUGCCGUCUUACCAUGGUAGAUAUAUCAAACCAUUGACCGAACGUGUUGCAGACAAUAAAUAA